AUGAUUACAGGGCAGCUGAGCAAGCCGCUGCUCUCCCUGCGCAGCGAGAUGAGCGCAGCAGGACUCCGGGCAGACGACAAAGCGGCCACCCCGGACAGCGACGUGACCGACGAGCCCCUGCUGCUGUCCGCCGAGGCCGCGGAGAGAGGGCACCCCAGCAAGCUGUACGGCACCCGUGAAGGUUCUGUCCAGUCUGAUGCCAGCAGCAGUCCUUCAGAGCAGAGUCAGCUGGGCCAGUCCCACCCAGGAUACCCGAUGGGACCUCAGUGCCAAAGCUGCCAGUCCCUCUUGGUCGCCCAGCAGCUGGCCAACGCGGUAGGCGGGGUGAUGUCUGGGGCAGCGCCAGGCAUGAACCAGCCCAUCCUCAUCCCAUUCAAUGCGGGUGGACACCUGGGUGGCCAGCAGGGCCUGGUCCUCUCCCUGCCGACGGCCAACCUUCAGAGCCUGGUGGCUGCUGCUGCCGCAGGGGGCCUCAUGACGCUGCCCCUCCAGAACCUGCAAGCUACCUCGUCGCUGAAUUCUCAGCUCCAGCACCUGCAGCAGCUCCAGCAGUUACAGCAGCACCACCAGCAGCAGCAGCAGCAGCAGCAACAGCAACAACAACAGCAGCAGCAGCAACACCAUCACCAACAACAGCAACACCAUCACCAACAGCCCCUCUCCCACACCCAGAACCAACUGCCAGCUCAGCAUCACAUGACCCCACCCAGCCAACAGCAGUCCUCCGUCCCUUCCCCUGGCUCCGCCUGCUCGUCCACUUCUGGCCAACCGCCGCCGUCACCCCCUCACAGGCCCAACCAAUCACCAGCUCGCAGCCUGCCGUCGCCCGUCACCCCACCCAUGCCUUUGCAGCUGAAUCCUCUGACCAGCCAGGCAGCAGUGGCAGCGGCCGCAGCGAUGGGCUCCAUCACUGGAUCACAGGUCUUUGGCAAUACCCUGUCAAACCUGCAAGGAGCCGCCGGACAGCUGGUCACCAACGCACAAGGACAGAUAAUUGGGACAAUCCCACUGAUGCCCAACUCAGCGGGAGCCUCCAGCCAAUCAGGAGGUGGCAACCCGGCGCUGCAGGUUCAGCCAAUUACACCUCAGCUUCUGACCAAUGCUCAAGGCCAGAUCAUUGCCACGGUGAUCGGCAAUCAGAUCCUGCCUGUCAUCAACACCCAGGGAAUCACGCUGUCGCCAAUCAAGCCUGGACAGCAGCUGCCUCAGGGUCAACAGGGUCAGACAGGCCCGGCCUCAUCUCAGCCCAACCUGCUCCACAUGCCCCACAGACAGAGUCCUCUCCACCAGGCCUCCUCUUCCUCGUCCACUUCCUCCUCUUCCUCUGCACUCAGCGUGGGACAGCUGGUCAGCAACCCGCAGACUGCCCCCAGUGAGGUGGACGGCGUCAACCUGGAGGAGAUACGGGAAUUCGCAAAGGCGUUCAAGAUCCGACGGCUGUCCCUGGGCCUGACACAAACUCAGGUGGGCCAGGCGCUCAGUGCAGCCGAGGGCCCCGCUUACAGCCAGUCUGCCAUCUGCAGACACACCAUCCUGAGAAGCCACUUUUUCCUACCACAGGAAGCCCAAGAGAACACUAUAGGUAGCAGUCUGACAGGCAAACUGAACCCUGGCCUUUUAUAUCCUGCCAGGUUUGAGAAGUUGGACAUCACCCCUAAAAGCGCCCAGAAGAUUAAGCCCGUUCUGGAGCGCUGGAUGGCCGAGGCUGAAGCCCGCCACCGAUCCGGCAUGCAGAACCUGACUGAGUUUAUCGGCAGCGAGCCUUCGAAAAAACGCAAGCGGAGGACGUCUUUCACCCCGCAGGCACUGGAGAUCCUCAACAGCCACUUUGAGAAGAACACGCACCCCUCUGGACAAGAAAUGACAGAAAUAGCCGAAAAACUGAACUACGACAGAGAAGUGGUCCGCGUCUGGUUCUGCAACAAGAGGCAAGCCUUGAAAAACACGAUAAAGCGUUUGAAACAGCCCGACCUCGGCCCGGCUGCACCAAUGGACCCCCUCACCGAUCCUCUGGAGGAGCUCCCAAAAUGA